AUGGACAAGGUGCUACGGUCAUGGGAAGCGGCGGAGCUGUCAGCGGACUGGACGGAAGAGGAGGUGAAGCGGGCCUUCAGCGCGAUGGCGGCAAACAAGUCCCCAGGCAAAGACGGGCUGCCGAAGGAGCUCUUUGAAGCUCACUGGGAUCUGCUUGGGAAAGGAUUUAUGGCUCUCGCCAAAGACUUCGCGAGAACGGCGGUGCUCUCAACGGAGGUGAAGGAAGCGGUGACGAUCCUGUUACACAAAAAAGGCGACAAGGAUCAGCUCAAUAAUUAUCGCCCGAUUACUCUGCUCAACUUUACGUACAAGGUGUUGGCGCGGGUUAUGGCUGACAGAAUGAAAAAGUACCUGGGGAGGGUAAUUUCGCCGGAGCAGUAUGGCUUUCUCCCGAGAAGGCGGCUUACGGAUGCUGUGGGGCUUGUUGCUGACAUCAUCGACUCCGCGCGCAAUGAUAACGAGGACUGGUUCCUCUUGUUGGUGGAUUUCAAGAAGGUUUUUGAUUCCGUCUCGCGCGGCUACCUUUUCCGGACGAUGCGGGCGAUGGGCUUCCCGGAUCGGUUUGUGCCUUGGGCGGAGGGCCUGCACGAAGGAACGCAGACGAGGCUGUUAGUUAACGGAUGGAUGGGGGAUGGCGUGGAAGUGGUUUCUGGAGUCCGACAGGGUUGUCCCCUUGCGCCCUACCUCUUUCUGUGUGCGGUCGAGCCGCUGGCGCAAACGGUUCUUAAGAAGAAGAUGGGUAUCAGUAAAGCAAGUGAGCGGCUGGCGUACAUUGGGUACGCAGACGACACAACAUUGGUCCUGGAGGGGAAAAAGCAGCUCAUCAAAGCUGAACAAGUGUUGGCGAAGUUCGAACUGACGUCCGGGCUGGCAACGAACCGUGAUUAG